AUACCCGUGCUCGUGCAUCUGGCUUACAGGGCGGUGCUUUGUUUUUCUGUACUAUUCUCAGCAGUCGAUUUCAGAGUUUGUGAGGACGUUUUCAGCACCUCGAAAAUAGUUUUAAUAAUUGCCUUUAUUUAAAGCUUCUAAAUGUGCAAACAGUUUUAGAUAAGGAUUUAGGAAGCAUCAAAAAACCGUCUUUCGUCUCUUGUAGUUUUACCUCCGCAGGCAGUUCUUCUCGGAUUACAUCAUCAUGUUCAAUUUAAUCAUCUUUACGGCAAAAUGUUGAAGAUUUAUAUUAGCAAAGCCACGUUAUGCCUGUUUCUGUCGCUCAUUCGAGGUGUGUUUGGUGCUGAUGCGGAUGAAGUGAAGUCAGUAUCAGUGACUGAGAGAGAUUUUGUCACUUUAAACACUGAUGUUACUGAAGUACAGAAAACUGAUCAGAUAUUGUGGAUGUUUGGACCUCAAGAGACUCGUAUUGCUGAAAUACAUAAGCAGAGCAUUGACAUGUUUGACAGCAAUGAGACAUUUGGAGACAGACUGAAGAUGAACAGACAAACUGGAUCUCUGACCAUCACAGACAUCACAACUGAACUCUCUGGACUUUAUAAACUGACCAUCAUUACCAGUGGAGGAACUACUUAUAAGAGAUUCAGUGUUACUGUUUAUGCUCCUCUUCCUGUUCCUGUAAUCAGCAACAAUACCUUAAGCAGUCAAAAACCAUCCCCAGACUCCAGAUGUUCAGUGUUGUGUUCAGUGUUGAAUGUGAGCGCUGUGAGUCUCUCCUGGUACAAAGGAAACAGUGUAUUGUCCAGCAUCAGUGUAUCUGAUCUCAGCAUCCGUCUCUCUCUACCUCUGGAGGUGGAAGAUCAGGAUAACAACACCUACAGCUGUGUGGUCAACAACACCAUCACAAACCACACCACACAUCUGGACAUCAGUCAGACCUGCCACACAAAAACUCCACCUGCUGCCAUUUUCCUCCCUCUUUUAAUUUCUGCUUUAGUUCUGGCUGGACUUGCUGCUGCAAUGUACUUCUUAUAUAAAAAGCACAAAGAAAAAAAAGUUGAUGGUUCCAAACCAAGUACGCAAAGACUGACAACAGCCCAGACUGAGCAGACAGAUGAUAUAGAGAUACAUUAUGCCGAAGCAACAUUUCACCUUCAAAAUAAACCAAAAAAUAAAGCAAAUGGGACUGAGGAAAUUAUAUACUCCAGUGUCAACAUGAUCACAUGAUGACAUGAGACCAUCCAUUUAAUUUCAACACAGUGCUUAUGUCUGGAUUUGUGCUUAAAAAUCUGAAAAAGGGUAAAGGAAUUCAGAUGACCAUAUCGUGGGACUUUUUUUUUAUUUUGUAAAAGAACCAGAUACAU